AUGCGUUCAUGGUUUGUGAAGAGCAGUGCUUUAGCUUUGACCUUCGCGUCUGCAACAAUCGCUUCUAUACCCUACAGUCUUGACGAUGCAGAUUUGUAUCAAGGAAAUACAUUCUUCAACAAGUUUUCCUUCUCUCUAGACAGGGACCAAUCACAUGGAUUUGUUCAAUACAUCAGUCGUUCUCAAGCCAACUCCACAGAUUUUGGAAGCAAACUUGUCGACUAUUAUCCGGAUGGCUCUGUUUAUAUCGGCGUUGAUACGACAAAUACGUAUACUGUGACACCAGGGAGAACAGGCCGAGCUAGUGUCAGAUUGGAAUCGAACGCAGUAUAUACUCAUGGGCUUUUCAUUGUCGACAUUGCUCACAUGCCUGGAAGUAUCUGUGGAUUGUGGCCAGCCUUCUGGACGACCAACAAGGCAAAUUGGCCUAAUUCUGGUGAAAUUGACAUCAUCGAGAACAUUCAUGAGAAUACAGUAGGCACGUCGACCUUCCAUACUAGUGAUUCCCGGGCAAUAGCUUGCAGCGUGGUCGGAAACCAAAAGGGCAAGCAGCAGACCGGCACUCAAACUACGUAUAACUGCAACGACAAAGCAACUUUCAGUAACUACGGUAGCCAAUACAGUGGACAGGGUUGCUCAGCCACCAAUACCGACCCAAAUUCGUACGGGAAGACCUUCAAUGCUGCAGGAGGUGGGGUAUAUGCCAUGGAAUGGACAAACACUUCAAUCAAAGUGUGGAAUUGGGAGCGUGGAAACAUUCCGGCAGACAUAACAUUGGGGGUUCCGAUACCUGACACCUGGGGGCUUCCAGUUACAUUCACGGACAUCACUACGUGUGCCAUUGACAAAGCAUUCUCGCAGCAUCAAAUUAUCUUCAACACGGAUUUUUGUGGAGAUUGGGGGAAUCAGUCAACAUUCUGGCAACAGACAAGCUGUUACAAGAACAAUCCAACCAAAUAUGCUUCAUGCGAAACAUAUGUUGGUGCCAAUCCACAGGCAUAUGCUGAAGCGUAUUGGAGGGUCAACAGCUUGAAAGUCUAUAAGCAGACAAAUUUGCUCAGCGGGCUUUCGACUAGCAGCACCACUUCACCCUUCAAAGACGUCCCAACAUCACCAACUUUUUAUAGUUCAACUACUUCUACCACUUCUUCGAGCUUGAAAUUUGCUCCGUCAAGUAGCAGCACAACUAUGUUCACCUCAUCCUUAACGACCUCGAAAUCUGCUCUACCAAGCAGCGCUUCUGAUAAGACAUCAACGACAGCCCGCGCCCCUAGUAUCUUGGGUUCACCAUCUUUGAGCAAUACUACCUCAGCCGUGACAACAUCAACAUUAUCAACAAGACAGCAGACCUCUUCUGGUGUCAGCACUUCGGUGUCGAUCUCGAGCAAAUCACCUUUAAUUUCUUCGCCAGGCUCUCCUCGUCUUUAG